CAUCACCCAUCUAUCUCCUAGGUAAGCUGCCGCCUUCCUCCUGCCGUCAUGCGAGCGACGGGCCCCGCCACCGGCCCCGUCAACGCGCCUUAGCUCGGCUGCCACCACCAACGCCACCGUGUAACCACCUAACCACCCUGAGAAACAGCACCGUUAACAGCUUACAGUUGACGACUUACACUGUGAAUGUGAGGGACCUUCGCUGAUAGUGGCACUGAUGACAUUCUGCUCUCUUUUCCUUUCAACCUAGACGUCUAAAUUUGCAAGUCGGGUCUAGACUCUAGCAUUGGAGUCCCAGUUGCCCGCCAAAGCCCACUAGUUCGCAGUGUUCGAUUCUCGGGGUCAGACUCGGUCCCCAACGGCAGCCUUCGACGCACAUUGCGCAACCAACACGAACCACCAAGUCAGCCACCCAUGCAACCUUGUCAACAUCACGUACCACGAGUCGAGCCCUUCAUCGUCCCGGCUCUGCCCUUCGCCUACGCUGCGGAUUAGUCGGUGAGCAGGCUGCCCACCUCGAACGAUUGUCACCGGCUUUGUUGACCGUGGAGGGGGAGGACACCACUCCUGGACCGUGGGACUUCAGGAAAUCAUUCCUACUGGGCUGCCUGUCCUCAACCACCCACCAUGACACUCGGCCAACGGCCACACGAUGGCACCCGAGCGGCCGGGCAAUGUCAUGUUUCCCACGUCGACGCGCAUCUCAUCAAUUCCCAUCUUUCUUUUGCCUCCCCCGAUUGGUGGCUGCCGGCAGCCCUCCUUCUCGAGCACACCCUUUUUUUCCCGCUCCGAGAUUGACGAGAACCAGAUUGAUGAACGCCGCUUGUCAACACUCACACAGCCCGGCAUCGGCUCAAAGGUUCAGUGUCCGGUGAGAUCAGGCUUUUGCGGAUGCCUGGAUACGAUUUUAGCUCCUCCGGUUGGCAUCGACUUUGAUGAGAGCUCGGCGACCAGAGCUGACAAGGAAAUAUCAAGCGGAGGCGAAGCUGGCGAAGCUAGCGAACAUCAAGUCCGAGCGGCACCCAAGCCUUAUAGCGCUGGUGUACCCGCGCUGAUGGUGACACUAAACUGGCCCCUGCCGCUAGGUAUUCUCGGGUCCCCGCCCCCGCCCUCGCAGCGGCUUCUUCUGGGUCGGUGCAAUGUGCUUCCAGGGGGGAGGGGCUGAACAACGGUGCUUCUUGUAACGCAGAUGCAGAGUGUGCCGGGAAUAUUUUCUCCAUUAUUUGGAAUGCACCGUUAUAAGCACGCGUUCAUUGUGGGGAGUUUCUGCGAGUUCUUGAUCAGCCGGGCGCCAACAGCUUCUGGCCGAGAAAAGAACACAGCAAGCGGUAGCAGCACCUAACCCGCUGCCCUGAUGAUUUCAGCACAGCAAGGGGUAUCCCUCAUUACGCUGCCAUCCCCGCCAUGGAGCGCUACAGGGACCGCCCCUGGGCCAGGAGCCGAACUUCGCACCGUCGGGUUGCUUUUUCAUGCGGUCCUUUUCUCUCGUUGGUUUUGCUUCUCUCCAAACAUUUCGCUCAAACAUGUUCUAUCACACCUGGACGACGAGCGUGACUGACAGCCCACUCGGCACGUUUGGUGCUGAAUGAAAACGAAAUGGCGAGAAUGCGCUUUGCCGGCAGCGCCCCAAAUGGGAGACAUAGGACAGUAUCCAGUCCAAAAGACUCCCAUCGAACCGGGAGGGAACUACCGCAUGGCACAUGCCUGGGAAACGUCUAAAACGAGUCUGGGUGACCGUCAUGAUCAUCUGCACCUCACCGAAACAAACCAAACCCUGUGAUGCAGCGAGGGGCCUUCUUCUGGCCUCGGCAACCUUCCAAUGUCGCUAACAUCGUACGAUACCUGCGCAUCCAAGCCACUGGUCACCUCCAGGACACCAUUCCCCCGGUUUUUGUCAGAUCAUGUUCUGCUACAACGAGUUGGACUAGGUUGCUCUUGAACCUGCUAAGGCCACUCAAAAACGUGGGGGAGGGCCUGGAGCAUCACACCCUCACAAUGCAACUAAAUGACAGACGUGGGGGUGUCAUGCAUACGGAUAUGAGGUGAGGUUUCUUUGGCAUCAAAUCCAUCGGCAUGGUCAACUUGCGAUUCAGCCUCGCUGGCCGAGAAUAACGAGCGACGAGUGCGCCCCUAGGCGCCGUAGUUGGAUCACGCACGAGUGGAUAGCAAAAGAUGAAUGUGGAAACGACCAAAGCCACUAUGUUUCGUUACUCUCAUCCCGAUGUGCAACUCGACACAUGUAUUGUCUAACAUGAGUAUAGGAUGAGAGUAAAUUCUCUUGCUUUUUUACAACUUCCUUUAGCUAUUUCGUCUCAGCUCCUCCACAAAUGCAUAAACCAGCGGCCCAUCCAGCGAAUUUCCGACCAGAACAGCGCACUCAAGAAAUGGUAACACCACAAUACC